AGGAGAGACUAGAUGAGGGCCCGACCACCUUCCGAUCCAGCACAAGUCGUGUCUGCCAGUGCCAUCUACCUUCCGAUCAGCAGAUUCGCCGGCGCGUACCUCAAGCACUUCGCAAACGAACCGCCGGCCGCGGCCUCCCUUCUUUCCAGAUGGCUCUGAACGAUGGCCUCGCCAGGUUCAGGCUGCAGCAGGAGAGGAACCACGCGAUUCUGUCCACCAUCGCCGCAACCAAAACCUCUUCAUCAUCAUCCACCACCAAUCCGUCCCGGCACCGGCAGCAACCCGCUUCAACUCCAAGGUCAGCGGCUAAGCCAUCACCGUCCGCGCCCGCUGCCGUCAGGUUCUCCGAUGACACGGCUCGGCUACAGAAGAUCAACCAAGUGAGGACGUCCGCCGUCGGACAACAGCUCAAAAAGGUAAUCGAGCUGCUCGAGAAGACGAGGGAAGGUCUUACGGCGCAUCAGAUCAAUGAACAGAUCUACGUUGACAUCGACGGCAACAACGACGUCGCCGAGAGCCUGAGGAACAACGCCAAGGUGCGCUUCGACGGGCGACGCUACUCCUACAAGCCUACGCACGACGUGACGGGCAAAGGCGAACUGCUGACACUGAUCAAGAGCUUGCCGGACGGUCUCCCGGUUUCGGAGGUGAAGGACGCCUAUCCAGCCGUGCAAGACGACCUCCAGGCUCUGAAAUCCUCGGGUGACGUCUAUCUGCUACCAGGCGAGGGAGGCGUCAUCGCGUAUCCGAACGACCCGAGGUCGAGGAUGGAGGUGGACGCCGAGCUCAAGAAGCUGUUCCACGACAUCAAGUUGCCACAGGACAUGCUUGACAUCGAGAAGGAGCUCCGGAAGUACCGCGAAAAGCCGGCCACCGAUACUAUGAAGCGGCGGGCGGCUGAGCAGCUCCAUGGUCAUCAGCCCAAGCCGAAGAAGGCCAGGAAGAAGUCGCACGGGAUCACCAGCCGGACCAAGAUUACCAAUGCUCAUCUCCCGUGGCUCUUGGACCUGCCUGUGGACUCAAUUUCAUCUGAUGGGUGUGUAAAUCAUUGUAGUAAUAAAGCACUUGAUGGAGUAGAAUUUGUGAGUUGAUGAACUUGCUCAAAGCGAUAUAUGUUCAGAACUGCUAUUCUUUUUGGAAUUUACUUUUGGAGAACUACUAUUUACAACAAGAUGGUGUUUUACAACAACCAAGUGCUCUAAUAUUACAAUCAGUUGUUUGAACAGUGUAACCGGUUGGCUAGACUACAAGGGAAAGUUGUGGCUCCACACUCUA